UUCAAAAGCGCCAACGAGCCUUUUCAAAAUUCAGUCUCUCGUGCUCUCCCUCCCACUCCAGUGGGGAACUCAUGGCCAAGACCAAACCCUAGUCUCCGGAAUUUGGAUUGGUUCCGAUUUUUAUUUUUUCAUUGUACGAAAUGCCGUUGACGUCCGGCCAUGGACGGGGAGGCUAACCUUCCGGCCCCAUCUGCGACUGCCAAUAAUCUCAGCCGUCCGAUCCUCCCUGACUCCUAUCAGAACCGUUCGAUCACCUCGUCGUCAUCGUCAUCGUCAUCGUCAUCAUCGUUCUAUUCAUCUUCUCCGCCGGACUUUCUCCGGCAUGUCCAGGCUGCCUUCAAGCGCCACCGCCCACUCGGUACAAUGCAGUCUAAUAGUAUUAUGCCAAGGCGUAUAUUGGUUCCCCGGCGAGAAACCUCAACGAUCACUGCAUCAAAUGUGCUUCCUACAAUAGAUGCCAAAAAAUCUCAGGAUGUGCGUCCUUCAAUGCAUCAGGGUAACACAGGGAAAGAGUUGGUUGUGGAGAUAAGGAACAAGGUAUCUGUUGUUGGGGAAACUGAAGAAGAUGCACCAAUAACUCCACCUUCAAUUUCAGGCAGUAUCACUAAUGAAGAUCCAUAUGAUGUGCAACGAGUGCAAUGCAAACCCGUUUCUGGAUGCAAAAAUACUGAUGGGGUUUCAUUUUCACAUGUAGAAUCUCAGCAUGUUCCAGUUGUUGAUGGUCAGAAGAAGGUCCAGUUUUUGCUGGGGAAAAAUGCUAGCUCACAGGGGGCCGAUGAUCGAAUGGCCACUGGAACAGACGACCUAUCAUCUCAUAUGAGUUCACUUGCAUUGACAGAAAUGGAAUGGGAUGUGAGCAAUCAAGUAGAGGCACCAACUGAUGUCAAUCAUGACUUGAAGCAUAGGCAUUUUCAGAACCUGGAAUCAGAUGUUACUUCGAGGUCUGAUGGUGGGAUUUCUUCUUUAUUGGCAAAGAAACCUGUACUUGCUCAGGAUCAGCUGCACCGAUUCAGAAACUUCUUGCAGAGUGACAUAAACCACCCCAUGACUCAAGCUUCGGUGGCUGGAUCAUCAUGUGCUACUACAAUAUCUGUUCAUGCAACUUCUGCACCAGUUAUCAAUUCAACAACCUACUGCUCCUGUUCACAUCAAGAUAUUAGUCCUCACCUGGCAGCAGAAACUCUGGGAGAUGUUAAUCUUAAUUCUCAACCUAUAAGUAAAGGAGAUGUUCUGCAGCCAUCGCAUCCUUCAUCUAAGUCCACCAGUGGAGUCAUAGUUGACCGCACAGCAAUUGCAGCCCAAGCUUCAUCUUCUUCCAUAGAUACCCAGUCGAAAGUUAAGGAAUAUGGCUUUAGUGAGAAACAAGACAGAGUGCCAAAUGAAAGGGACAUUCCAAAGAAUCCUUCUCCUCUUGAUGAUAAUUCAACUAAAGGAAAAGGAUUCACUGGUGAUGUUACUGAUUUACAAUCUCAGGUGCCCUUAUCCAAAAGUUCAUCAUCAGAUGUGAAAUUGGAGACCUCUAAAUCUGAAAAACAAGAAAAGGUUGUAAGUGGUAAAGGGUCAUCAGGGCCUCGCAAAAAGAAUUAUGAUCCUGACAUGUUUUUGAAAGUUAAUGGUAAGCUCUAUCAAAGGCUUGGUAAGAUAGGUAGUGGAGGAAGCAGUGAAGUCCACAAAGUUAUAUCAUCAGAUUGUUCUAUCUAUGCCCUUAAAAAAAUCAGGCUUAAAGGUCGUGAUUAUGCUACUGCAUAUGGGUUCUGUCAAGAGAUUCAAUAUUUAAACAAGUUGAAAGGGAAGAGCAACAUUAUACAACUUAUUGACUAUGAGGUGACAGAUAAGACAUUGCUCCAAGAAGUCAUGAAUGGCUCCAUGAGUAAUAAAGAUGGCAGAGUCAAGGAUGAUGGAUACAUAUACAUGGUGCUUGAAUAUGGGGAAAUUGAUUUGGCUAACAUGCUGUCCCAGAAAUGGAAGGAAAUGGAUAGCUCUGAUCGGACCAUAGAUGAGAAUUGGCUUCGAUUUUACUGGCAGCAAAUACUUCAAGCUGUCAAUACCAUACAUGAAGAGCGUAUAGUGCAUUCAGACUUGAAGCCAGCAAAUUUUCUUCUUGUCAAAGGUUCUUUGAAGCUGAUCGAUUUUGGAAUUGCUAAAGCUAUAAUGAGUGAUACAACCAACAUUCAAAGGGAUUCACAGGUGGGUACACUGAGCUACAUGUCUCCUGAAGCAUUCAUGUGCAAUGAGAGUGAUGCCAAUGGAAACACUAUAAAGUGUGGUCGGCCAUCAGAUAUCUGGUCACUUGGUUGCAUCCUUUACCAAAUGGUGUAUGGAAGAACCCCCUUUUCAGAAUUCAAGACGUUCUGGGCCAAGUUCAAAGUCAUUACAGAUCGUAACCAUGAAAUAAAGUAUGAGCCAGUCUCAAACCCAUGGCUUCUUGAUAUUAUGAAGAAGUGUCUUGCAUGGGACCGUAAUGAGAGGUGGAGGAUUCCUGAGCUUCUUCAACACCCUUUUCUUGUUCCCCCAGCCCCAGUCCCAGCUCAGUUAUCAUCCUCUCAAGACCAAAGCUGUAAACUGCUUCAACUGAUUACUGAAGCUUGUGCCAAUGACCCGAAGGCUUUGAUUUUAUGUCGUCAACUUCAACAACUACUAAGGGACCCAGUCACGGUGCCAACAUCUCAGGUACUAACAUCACGAGACCAACAGUGUAAGUUGCUCUCCUAUGUGUCAAAGCUUUGCUGUCAACUUCAGGAAUAUUUAUCAGACCCCGAUACGUAAAUCACUAAUUUUGAGGGUAAAAACAUUGGAGAAUACCUUUUAAAGGUCUGAAAAGCUAUUUGAUCCCCUGUGCCUAUUCUCUUCCAUUCCUUCUGUUGUAAUAACUUGUACGGUCAACGCUUGUCGUGUUUUUUUUUUUUUAAGGGGAAAAAUACUAUGCAGGAAAGCUUGGGGGGAGUUUGUGCCUUUCAGGUCACUGAUUCUUUGUGGUUUCUGUUCAAUUUUUAAAGAAAGAUAAUGACCUUACCUUCA